CACCCACACCGCCCAAUGAGGGUGGUGCGAAGGGCGGGCCUCAUGGGGAAGACCCCGCCUCCGCCCGGCUGUUUAAACGCCCGCGACGGUUGGCGACCGGUAACAGCCGCGGCGGGAAGACGGGAACGGCCGGGCCCGGUCGGGUACCGGGGGGAGGAAACGCGAGACCCUCGUCAGGAUCCAUCCAGCUCGGUGGAAAUGACGGAGGAGGCGCCGGGGCUGGAGGACGAGGAGUGGCUGGUGGCCGCACUGGCCCCGCGCCGCCCCUGCUCCGAUCCCUAUGCCAAGGCCUCCUUCGUUCUGGGGGCGCAGCCAGCCCUCCCUACACCUUCCGAGGAUCGGAGGGGAAGCAGGAGGUUGGUAAUGAAAAGGAAGGUGCUGAGGCACAGACCCGAUGGAGGAGUCGAGGUCUCCGACGAGUCGGCAGCCAGCGAGCCGGACAGCGACGCCGAGGUUUUGAGCCUGAGGCAGAAAAUGCUUCAGCUACGGACAUUUGCAGAAGACAGCAUCUCCGAGGGGGAAAUUGAGAUGAGCAGCAGCUCCCUCGAUGAGUCCCCUUCCUGCUGGCCCCAUGGGGACAGUCCCCCCUUUCUCCUCGGGGAUUUCGGGAGCCGGAGCUCUCCUGCUUCUCAGUACACCGCAGCGGCUGGACAACCCAAGUCCUUCAUUCCUCCGCGCUUCGAGCCCUUGGGCCGUAACCAGGGCAAAACCGACCGAGUGGCCAAAUAUUUUGAAUAUAAACGAGAAUGGGAGAAAUUCCGAAUCCCAGGGGAGGAUCAGCGGCAAGAACUGCGCUGGGGCAUCCGGGAGCAGAUGCUCUGCAAACCCGAGCUCCCCGGCAGGCCACAGCACCUCUACGCCCCCAACCCUUACAUCGUGCCCACCGAAAAAAAGAGAGCUGCCCUACGCUGGGAGGUGCGCUGGGACCUGGCCAACGGCCUCGUCCCCAGGAAACACACCUCCUCCUAGACUCCCGAAGCCCUGCUCCGCGCCGACCGUCCUCUAACUGUGCGCCCGCUGCUCUCCUGAGGACUAUUUUUUUUCCUUUUUUCCUCCUCAAAAUCCCUGAUAAGUCGGAAAAUCUCCCCAUUUUUUUUUUUUUUUGCACUUCAAGUGGGUUAAAUUGUGGUAUUAAAACUUUAAUUAAAGUUUUAAAUUAAAAUUAAUUAGAUUUAAAUUAAAAUUCAAACUUUAACCUUAAAGGGGUAGGGUAAAACACCCUUGCACCCUGCAGAGCUUCUCUUUGAGAUUAGACCACACGGCUCGUGAGACUUUUCAAAUAUCGGGAGAAAUAAGACUGUAACAAACCUGGGGAUUUCAGGGUGUUUUUUCAGCAUGUAAUGGCUGCUGGGUUGCUGUGCAAGCUCUCACGGCGGUUUUAUUUAUGGCAAUAUCUUUAAUAAAGCAUGCGGAAAGAUC